GAUAUUUUAUAAGCUCUUUGCUGGCUGAAAAUGAUCUUUUAUCAGCAAAUGAUGGAUGCCAAGCAGCUGGUUCUGGUUUGCUGCCUCCUUGUUUUCAGUUUUCGUCUUACGAGUGCACAAACCUGCUUGGACACCGGUAACUUCACCACUAACAGUCGAUUCGGUCGGAACCGUGAUGACAUCCUCACUUCGAUUCCGGCUAAUGUAUCGAUAAAUGGCGGUUUCUUCAAUGCUUCCAUCGGCCAAGGACCGGACAGAGUGUAUGCUCAAGCACUUUGCAGAGGGGAUUUAGAUGAACAAGAUUGUUUCACCUAUGUCAACUUCACUGCUCAUCAGUUGAUAUCAAGCUGUAAGAAUCAGAAGGCUGCAUUCUCGUGGGAUGGCGGUAUUCCGUGCUUAGUUCGAUAUUCGAACGAGUCUUUCUUCGGGGUGUUAGUGUUGGAACCUAUACAGGAAGCAAUUAACCCCAAUGCCAUUAGUGAUGCCACAUCGAAUUUAACACUGUUUUACCAGAUUUGGGGAGAACUGAUGGAGGCAGUAGCAACAAAAGCUUCCAUGGGGUCUUCGAGGCUUAAGUAUGCAACUGGCGUGGCUGAGGAAAUUCAAGCACUAAUGCAGUGCCCUCCAGAUUUGUCCCAGAGUGAUUGCUUAACUUGCUUAAGGACAUUGGUUCGUCGGUACACAGCAUGUUGCCGUGGUUAUCAAGGAGGUUACGUCGAAACACCGAGUUGUCGUAUGCGGUGGGAUCUGUAUACAUUCUUUACACCUACUGCAGAUACCGUCCAGAUAUCGCUUUCGCCUUCACCUAGUGAUUCGCCUGCAGAUUCUUCAACUAACAAAACAUCAGAAACGAUAAAAGACAAUAAGAAAGGAAUUUCAUCUGGAACUGUCACGAUAAUCGUCGUGCCGGUCAUGGUUUUAGUCGCAAUAGUUGCCUUCAUUUGCAUCCUUCUAAGAAAAAGGAAGAAGGCAAAGCAAGAGAUGAAUAACAACGAAGAUGGCAUGGAAUCAUUGGAAUCACUGCAAUUUCAGUUGAAAUCUGUUAGAAAGGCUACAAACAAUUUCUCAGAGGACAACAUGCUUGGCCAAGGUGGAUUUGGUGCUGUUUACAAGGGACGGCUUGAUGACGGACAAGAGAUAGCUGUAAAAAGACUAUUUCUUGUGUCCGGACAUGGAGACGAGGAAUUCAAGAAUGAAGUUAUGGUAAUGGCAAGGCUUCAACAUAGGAACUUGGUUAGGCUUAAAGGGUUUUGCUUGGAAAGAAAAGAAAGGCUUCUUAUAUUCGAGUAUGUGCCUAACUCAAGCCUCGACCAGUUUCUAUUUGAUCCAAUCAAACGUCAACGAUUAGAUUGGAACACGAGAUACAAAAUCAUAAUAGGAAUAGCUCGAGGCCUACUUUACCUUCAAGAAGAUUCUCGGUACCGAAUAAUUCAUCGUGAUCUAAAGGCUGCGAACAUUCUAUUAGACGACGAAAUGGCUCCGAAAAUCUCAGAUUUCGGAAUGGCAAGGUUGUUCGGAGCUGACCAAACUAGAGAUGAUACUAGAAGAGUUGCAGGAACAUAUGGAUACAUGGCUCCCGAAUACGUGAAACAUGGGAAGUUUUCGGUUAAAUCCGAUGUUUACAGUUUUGGUGUACUGAUUUUGGAAAUCAUCAGUGGUGACAAAAUCAGUCAUUUCCGUAACAAUGGUGCCGAUCUUCUUACCUAUGCCUGGAGAAAUUGGAGGGAAGGGACCAGUUUAAACCUAGUGGAUGAGUAUUCGAGGGGUUCUGGAUCAAGAAGCGAAAUGACGAGAAGCGUUCAUAUUGGGUUGCUGUGUGUCCAAGAAAAUGAUGCAAAUAGACCAUCCAUGAACUCGGUUGUUCUUAUGCUUAGCGAUACUUCUGUGUCGAUGCCGGUGCCGUCAACGCCUGCUUUUAUGAUCCCUGCCAAUACGGUGCAGCCAGAGGCAUCGCUGUCUUCGAAUCACAAUUCAGAUCGAUUCACUAAGAAUGAAGUUACGAUUUCUAUGUUAGAUCCUAGAUGAGACAAAAACAUGGAGGACAAUGAGUAUAUCACUUUGUUUUUGUUCUUGUUCUUUCCUCAGAAUUUUAAAUACAAUGACCAGAUAAAAUCAAAUAUUUAUGAGAAAACUGGGUAGUAUCAUGAUAGAAUUUCCGCCCAACGCCACAAUAAGGUUCUGUACUUGCUGAUAAACUAUUUUACAAUAGGAGAAGCACCAAGAC